CUCUGGUUGGGGUCCUCAGUGGCGCCGCUCUCAGGGCAACAAAUGUUAACAGAAACGAAUAGAAUUGACUAAACUAUUCCGUGAAAUCGGGCUUUAGGGGACUUUGGAUCCUUGGACAACCAGCGAUGAAUCUCGAGCUGCUCGAAUCGUUCGGGCAGAACUACCCAGAGGAGGCAGAUGGCACCCUGGACUGCAUCAGCAUGGCGCUCACCUGCACCUUCAACCGCUGGGGCACCCUGCUGGCCGUGGGCUGCAACGACGGCCGCAUCGUCAUCUGGGACUUCCUCACUCGGGGAAUCGCUAAGAUCAUCAGCGCACACAUUCACCCCGUCUGCUCCCUGUGUUGGAGUCGAGACGGACACAAGCUGGUGAGCGCCUCGACAGACAACAUCGUCUCUCAGUGGGACGUCCUGACUGGAGACUGCGACCAGAGGUUCCGCUUCCCGUCCCCCAUCCUCAAGCUGCAGUACCAUCCCAGAGACAUAGACAAGGUGCUGGUUUGUCCCAUGAAAUCAGCACCGGUGCUGCUGACGUUAUCAGACUCAAAGCACGUGGUGCUGCCUGUGGACGAUGACUCGGACUUGAACGUGGUGGCGGCGUUCGACCGGCGGGGGGAAUAUAUUUACACUGGCAACGCCAAAGGAAAGAUUCUGGUGUUAAACACCAACACUCAGGAGCUGGUGGCGUCCUUCAGAGUUACGACCGGCACCAGUAACACCACCGCCAUCAAGUCCAUAGAAUUCGCUCGAAAGGGCAGCUGCUUCCUGAUAAACACAGCCGACAGAAUCAUCAGGGUGUACGAUGGCAGAGAGAUCCUCACCUGCGGCCGGGACGGCGAGCCAGAACCCAUGCAGAAGCUGCAGGAUCUGGUCAACAGGACUCCGUGGAAGCGCUGCUGCUUCUCCGGCGAUGGCGAGUACAUCGUGGCCGGCUCGGCCCGGCAGCACGCCCUCUACAUCUGGGAGAAGAGCAUCGGGAACCUGGUGAAGAUCCUGCACGGCACCCGAGGGGAGCUGCUGCUGGACGUGGCGUGGCAUCCUGUUCGACCCAUCAUUGCCUCCAUCUCCAGUGGAGUGGUGUCCAUCUGGGCCCAGAACCAAGUGGAAAACUGGAGCGCUUUCGCUCCAGACUUCAAAGAGCUGGAUGAGAACGUCGAGUAUGAGGAGCGGGAGUCUGAGUUUGACAUCGAGGAUGAAGACAAAAGCGAACCGGAGCAGAUGGGCGCAGAUGCUGCUGAGGAUGAGGAGGUGGACGUGACCACGGUGGAUCCUAUCGUUGCUUUCUGCAGCAGUGACGAGGAACUGGAGGACAACAAGGCCCUGCUGUACCUGCCCAUCGCCCCUGAGGUCGAGGAUCCAGAGGAGAACCCAUUUGGGCCACCGCCAGAUACCUCGGUGCCGCCCGGCGCCCCUGAGGACGCGCUGCCAGGCGGCGGCGACAAGAAACAGAGGCAACCGUCGUCUGAAGGGGGCCCGGCCAAGAAGAAGGCCCGCACUACCACCAUUGAACUGCAGGGGGUGCCCAGCGACGAAGUGCACCCCCUGCUGGGUGUGAAGGGGGACAGCAAGUCCAAGAAGAAGACAGCAGGUCGGCCCAAAGGCUCCAAAGGUAAAGACAAAGACUUCUCCUUCAGGCCGAAGCCCUACAAGGGCGAGCGGCCCCCGUUCCCCAUGGGGCCCGAGGCCCUGAGCAGCUCUGGCCUGGGGGGAGGAGGAGGAGGAGGAGAAGGAGGGCUGAAGGUCAGGGCAGAGGGGGCCCUGGCGCCAGGGAGUCUGGUCUCUCAGGUGUUCAAGCAGCACAACAUCGGGGGGAUGGACUGAUGGCGAGGAGCGCCGAUCAUCUCCGUCUCAGACAAAUGGACUCAAGCUUCAUGUUGUUAACAGACUGAAUGAAUUUCUGCUGAGCAGAUCUGAGAUCAGCCUCACAGGAAAUUUUCUGGACUCGGAUCUCCGACCAGAACCGGGAAGCACCAGAGAUCCACAUGUCCUCCUGUCUCUCUAGGAUUCGUCUUGUAUAGAAAACCUUCAAGUCCUCGUAGUCUGUUGCCCUUCCUGUUUUUAUACAUAUUAAACUGUGUGAUUUAUA